AUGCUAGUUCUCAAAUGUAUUUUCUCACCAGUCAGGUGCCCUGUACCAUAUGGAAUUUUCUCAAAAUAUUUAAUGUUCUCGACCUCAAAUUUGUCAAAUGCCACAACACCAAAGCCACGAACUGAAGCAAAAGAAGAUUACAGGCAGCGGCGACAAAUUGCUAUGACCCAGUUUUUGCUCAAUGAAUGUGGGCUUUCGGAGGCCCAAGUAUCAGAUCUUGCUAGCAGGCGUGCAAAAAUGUUUAGGACCAAAUCUACCCUUAGAGCCCAGCAGGCGAUCGAGUUCUUCAGAGACUCAGGAUUCACUGAAAAUCAGGUAAGGAAAAUCCUUUGUUCAAAACCUGUUGUUUUGAGUCUCAAAGUGGAUACCCAGUUAAAGCCCAAGAUCGAGUUCCUGAAGGAAUUAGGUUUUACUGACAGUAACCUGGGACUCAUCUUGUCUAUUGCACCCAAUUUGCUCUGCAUCAGUUUGGAACGAAACUUAAGCCCUAGAAUUCCCAUACUUGUAAGCUUAUUUGGUUCAAAGCUUAAUCUAUGCAAAGCUCUCGUGUCGUAUCCUAGGAUAUUGGAUUAUAAAUUUGAAAAUUUGAAACAUAAAAUAGAUAUUCUAAAGCAAUACGGGAUUCAAGAUUAGCUGUUUUUAUAUUUAAUGAAAAUAAGGCCCAGUAUUAUUUUCACCAACAGUGAAGAGGCGUUGAAAUCAAAGAUUGAAUAUGUACGAAACUUGGGUGUUUUGGAGGGAUCGAAAGCAUUUGCAUAUACGCUGAUGGCUGUGGAUAGUAGUGGACCGGAAGAAAUUGAAAAUAAAUUAAAACAUAUGGCAACAUUCGGUCUUUUGGAGAAUGAGAUCGUACAGAUUGUAAAGAGGGCUCCUAUUACACUGGCUGUUAGCAUUGAAAAGAUGAAAAAUAACAUGGAUUUCUUGAAACAUAUUGCUGGCUUUCAGCCAAACAUUGUGGUCAUGCAUCCUCAUCUUUUGAAUUUCAGCGUAAAGAAUAGGAUGCAGCCACGCCAUAAGGUAAUUGAAUUUUUAAGGGAAACAGAGCCAUCCAAACUUAGCACAAAUCUAGCUCGUGUGUAUGAGCUAACUGAUCAAGUUUUUGCCCGCAAGUUUCUAGUGGGCAGUCCCGAGGCAGCAAAACUGUUUGAAAAUUACAAGGGGAAGUCUGAUGAUACGUCAAUUAGCUGACAGAUUUUGUGGAAGUUGGAGCAGAAAAAGAAGGGGUUUUUAAAAAAAUCCAGGCUUUCCAAUGAGGUUGGAUGGGAUCAAUAGGAACUUUUAAUCAGUCCAAGCCUUGUCUUCAAGUUGAAUCAGAUAAAAGAGGGGUUUAAAUGAAUUCAUGUUUCUUCUUGAUGUUGGAUCAAGUAUAAGGGAGGUUUUUGAUCCAAUCAAGAUGGAUUCGACCAAAAAUUGUUUUAAAUUUUCAAUCAAUCCAAGCCUUUUCUUGAUGUUAAAUGGGAUUAGCAGGGGUCUUUAAUCAAUCCAGGCCCCAACAAACUGCAGGUAUGUGCUUCAGUAAAUUUUAAUCAUGUAAUCAAUGUGAUCUGUAACUGAAUUGUAUGGCAUGCUUUGAUAAAACAAGGCUUUCCAAAGACAAGAAAAAGCCUAUCCUCAACAGGCUGCAGGUAUGUGCUUCAGUAAAUUUUUAUUAUGUAAUCAAUAUGGACUCUUUGAAGAAUAGCAAUUUGUAACUGAAUUGUAUGGUACGGACUGAAAACAAAACUUUCAAAAAGAAAAGUAUUUUAAUUUUUGUGAAAA